UGUUUUCACUUUCUAGAUCUAUUAACAAAAAUACAUAGCAUUACUUGAUGGAUACAAUUUCAUCUACCUUCAUCACGUAACAAAAUAACACAGAUCGAUUGACACGUUCAAAAAAAACAUCGAAUUGUUAUUGUUUGUCUCUUGAUUCUUGAUAGUAUUAAUUAAGGUAGAGGAUGAAGUUAUUUAAGAAAUAUGAGGAGUACAUGCAAACACAAGCUGAGAAGAAAUUACCUGGUGUGGGUUUUAAAAAUCUCAAGAAAAUCUUGAAGCGGUGUCGUAGAGAGAUGACUCAUUCACAGAUUUCAUUGCAGUCACAAUCGUCAUUGCUUCUUAACGACUCUGCAGAUAACACUCAUGCGUAUUGCCUCCAUCCUUGCCCUGUCUGCGAUGGAAGCUUCUUUCCAUCCCUUAUGAAGGAGAUGUCUGUGGUGGUUGGAUGUUUUAAUGAGCGUGCACAAAAGGUGCUUGAUGUUCAUCUGGCGACAGGCUUCCACAAGUACUUCAUGUGGUGCAAAGGCAAGUUACAUGGCCAAGGAAACGGAAACCAUCAUUCCUUAAUACAAGAAGGCAAGGACCUUGUUGGCUAUGCGCUUAUCAAUGCCAUUGCUAUGCGCAAAAUCCUUAAGAAAUAUGAUAAGAUACAUGACUCUAAACAAGGGCAAGCAUUCAGGUCACAAGUCCAGAGCAUGCACAUGGAACUCCUUCAGUCUCCAUGGCUUUGUGAGCUUAUUGCCUUCCACAUUAACUUAAGGGAAAUUACAAAGGCAGAUAUGAGGAGGAAAGGUUCUGAAAUAUUAUUGGAGGGAUGUUCUCUUGUAUUUAAUGAUGGAAAACCAUCGCUUUCUUGUGAGCUCUCGGAUACUGUGAAGCUUGAGAUAGACUUGACUUGCUCCAUAUGCUUGGAUACUGUAUUUGAUCCUGUAUAUUUGAGUUGUGGACACAUAUUCUGCUUCAUGUGUGCUUGCAAAUCUGGAUCAGUAACAAUUGUUGAUGGAUUGAAGGCAACAGAGCCCACUGCAAAAUGUCCUCUUUGUCGACAAGCAGGAGUUUACAAGGGAUCUCUACAUUUGGACGAGCUUAACAUUUUACUAAGUCGAAGGUGUCCUGAAUAUUGGGAGGAAAGGCUUCAAAGUGAGAGAGCAGAAAGGAUUCGUCAGACCAAGGAGCAUUGGGAGUCACAGUCACGUGCAUUCUUGGGGAUCUAAAUUAAAUAUAUAGAUCAUACAUGCAUGUUUUUUCAUUCAAGUAAGAAUACGAAUGUAUAUUAUUACUAUAAUUUAUAAGUUUGUAGAAUAUAAAUGUAUAUAGGUUAAUAGGUGUUUAUUCUAUUAGUUAUUUGGUGAUUUUCUGUAGAUUUUGGUAACUUUUAACUAUAAUAAUAGUGAUCAUGCAUGGAUUUAUA